AUGUCUGAUAAGAGAAUUCUCUUUACUUUCAAGCUUAGUCACCUUAGAAAAUAUCUUAAUGAAAGUAAAAGUACUACAUUAGAUGAUAGUGAUAGCGAAGAUAUACCUAUAAUUGAUGAUAAUAAAUAUGACCUAGAGACUAAGAAAAAAGCAGAAAUAUUGUUUAGAAAACUGUUUCAAACAGCAGUAGGAAGUUAUAAAAUAACACAAUUUUUUAGCUCAACAAAUAAUAUAAAUCUGAAUGAUAAUGAAGAAAUAGAAAACCAGUUAGAUUAUGAAAGUAAAAAUGAUUCUAUGGAAGAAUCUGCACACACACCUAAAAUGAAAGCAAGCCAAACAGUAGCAAAAAUUCAUAAUGGUGGUGAAUAUCAUGCUAGUUGUAUAUAUACAUGGGUCAGAACAUAUUUAGAAGAAAAUGAAUUACCUUCAUCACAACAUAGAAAACAUCUAUUAAAAUUAUUUCUUCAUGAUGAGUAUGUUUCGUUAAGAGAUGGUGUUAAUCAAUUUUGGGCAUCAGAAAAAAGACAGCUGUUAAGAAAGAAAGGUCUUGGCCUAGGACUUCAUGUUAGUGAGUUUCUUACUGAAGAAAUUGAAAGGUUAAAAGACAAAAAAAAGGAGGCACAGGUAAUAAUGCAACUAGGUUCAAAAUAUGAUAAAUAUUGGAAUAGAGAAAAAUUAUUAUUAAAG